UUGGUCCUAGAUAAACUCAAAUCGAUUUAGUGGAGAGAAAUCAGCAUGACGUAUCAGCAUUUGCUUGGUAGAAUAUAUUUAUUUCUUGUUUAUUCAAUUGCGUGAAGUAAUUAUUCAGUUUUAUAAUAGUGAAGAAGGUGCAGUGUGAACUUGCAAACUGGAAAGGCAACGUAUUUCACAUAAUUUUGAGAGGAAGUGUGAUGUUCGUUAGUUUGUAUUCAAAGUGUUACACACAUAAUUGUUAGUCAGUUGUUUCUUAUAUUUAGUUCCUACAAAUUUUUGUGAGGUAGUUUUUACCUAAACAUGGAGAAGGUGACUGAACCCGUUAAAAUACCUUUCGAGGAAGCAUUGGAUAGAGCUGGCUUCGGACUAUACAGUUACAUCAACACCUUCCUGUCAGGGUUGUCCAUCAUAUCCAUGGCGUGUGUGGUCUACGGAUCCACCUUGACUGUUGGAGCCAGUGCCUGUGAACUGCAGACCACGGGGGCGCAACAAGGGCUAUUGGUGGCAGCACCAGUUAUAGGGCUAAUCCUCGGGGCUCCAUUGUGGGGAUACCUGGGCGACACGCGAGGCCGCCGUCGCAUGUUGCUGCUGGCGCUCCUAUCAUCAGCUCUCGUCAACGCUGUGAGCGGUCUCUCUGUUAACUGGGUCAUGAUGAUGAGUCUCCAGUUUAUUGCUUCAUUGCUAGGAUCAGCAGACUAUACGUUGGCAAUGACGCUGCUAAGCGAGAGUGUACCGAUGGCGAAGCGCAACACGGCGGUACUGAUGGUAAACUGCAUGAUGAUGGUAGCACAGGGCACCAUGGCAGUGAUAGCUAUCCCCAUUGCACCCCUGACGUAUUCCUAUCAUCUACCUGCUCUGGACAUCUACUGGAAUUCUUGGCGGACGCUGGUGGUGGCCUACUCGCUACCGAGUAUACUGUGUGCUAUCUGCUACUACUUCAUGCAGGACAGCCCCAAACUGACACUGGUAAAGGGAGACGAGCAACGAACUUUGCAGAUUUUGAAGACUAUCCACAGGGUUAAUUUUGGGAGAAGCGCAGUUUUAGAUGUCAAAGCCGUCAGUUCUGAAGGCCUGAUCAGCAGCGCAGGAUCAAAGAAGGACCAAAUCGUGCCGCUGUUCCAGGCGCCACUGCUCAAGAACACCAUCAUCGUCAGCUGCCUCUACAUGUUCCAACUGUCUGGCUCGUUUCUGGCCUGGCUACCCACGAUAGCCAACAGGGUGAUCAGAAUGUACGAGACGGGUGAAGUGAACAAUAUGAAUCUCUGUGGCAUUCUCAACGCUGACAUCGAGAUGGUUGUAGACCCGGAGGCCACGCCGUGUGCUAUGAACACAUUGUCUCUCCUCAUUGUACUGGGGGUCGGAGUUCUACAGUGUAUUCUCAAUUUAUUGAUCACACUUGUAAGUGAUUGUGAACCGUGCUGGCCGCCGCAACACUGUCAUGAUCCUCACUGCUUUUCUGGGCGUCUGUGGGAUCCUUGUCAACGUGGUACCCAACACCUUGGGGACCUCUGUCCUGUUCGCAGCCUUCCUCUUGGGUUAUGUGGUCAUGGGACUGUAUACUGCUAUUGCUGUGGCCCUGUUUCCAACACAUUUGAGAGCAAUGGCGAUAGCAGUAACAACGACGGCUGGCAACGUCACCUCCUUCGCCUGCAUCCAGCUUGUCAACUUUCUGGUCUCCACGCAGUGCGAGCUCGGAUUCUAUCUCUUAGCUUCAAUCUUUGCUUCGACAGCCAUCAUUGCAUCAUUCCUGCCUGAUGACCGGUUCCUGCAGAAACCAAGUCACCCGAAUCGCCGAAAAGCAUCCAUCUACAUCGAGAGAUUGUGAAACCUACUAGCCACCAAAGGUCACCCGAGCUCCGAGGUCACCUAUAGGUCAAACUAUACAUUUUGGCGGUUUACGGCUCCAACGCCUUGUUCCAGAUCUGUCCUGGACGGUUUAAACUGUAAUUUACAAAUUGAAGGUUAUUUUCAUCAGCAGCAAAUUUUUGACAACGGCCUUCCAGGGGUUUAUGGCUUAUGGCAGCGGUUACUAACCUGUAGGUUAUUCCAUUUGGCUCACUUGCACCAACCAUUUAAUUCAGGGUUAGUGGGCUAACCCUCGGGUAAACCUCCCAUUUUCUUUGGUGCAAGUGGCCCUUAGGAGUAAAAAAAAAAUAAUUAUUUAUUUAUUUAAUCUUUAUUGCACAACAAAAUAAGGUACAAAUGGCGGACUUAAUGCCUCAAGACA